ACAGGCUUCCUUAUCGACAAGAUAUCCCUCCAUGGAAUUUCUCUUCCACAAGAUAUAGUGGGUACGCAUGCCCGCAAUGCACACAGAUACUUGCCACAAAAGGCGCAUGGACGGUGCACAUGUCCAAAUACCACCUGAAGCCCAACCACAUCCGCAAUUACUGCCAGAGCGGCCUGCGGAGACUGUGUUGGCUCCUUCCUGCGCACUCGCGUCGGGCUAGUCUUGCGCCAGCCGCUGGUCGGCCGCAUCAGGCAGGUCGCUUCCGGUGGAUGGCGGGGGGGCAACUGCCAGCAGGCAGCUGCUGAAGAUCAACGAGGGGAAACGGUGAAGACGCGGGCAGAUGCCAAGCAUAUGAGUGAAAAAGGCCACCGCCGGUGAAAUUCCCCUCCCUGAUGCGCGGAGGGCCCAGCGCGCCGAUCCGCGAGAUCCGCGCAGAUCUUCGGACGUUUCUGCCUACUCCGAUGUCCGUUCCUCGAACUCCGUACGAAGCCCACGCCUGCAAGUUUGAUUUACGAAACGCCGGCGGGGGCUCAGAAAGUGAGUGAAGAACGUCUGCCGCCAGGGGAGCCCCUGCGGGCCUCAGCGAGGGCACCAACUGUACACCUACACCGAUCCCGAAAUCUCCCCCACCCCCUGGUGCGCGUGGCACCCGGGAGCGUGCACCUACGGGACUGCCAGCCCAGCUACAUGGCACGCCUCCACGCAGGGUGGUCAGCCCGUUGCCGACGUGACCCGCAGCUGCGUCAUUGGCGAUUGCUGCAUUCGCCGCGUCGGAAGAAAAGAUGCACUUGCGGAGCGCUCCGGCCGAGCCGCGGCCGCCCAUGCCGCAGGUGCGGCGGCGAGGAGGGACGGCCACCACGCCCCAGCCCCUCGGGACAUUGAAGGGCACGAGGCGGCGGCGGCGCGAAGGAGGCGUGAAAAGCGGGCGCGCCCUCGCGGUGGAGCCGCGCACGAGCGGCACGGGAGCGGCGCCGUGAAGCGCAUCGCGCGGCGGCCGCCGCGCGGCUUAUCGUCGCCGUGCACGGCCUGCCGGAAUCUCCCGUUCCCACGGGCGUUCAAUUGAAUAGCGGCAUGCCGAUCCAAAACAUCCGCGUAGAAGCAUGAAGUAGGAAGGCGUUGGAAGUAGGUUGGGCCUCCGCCCGCCCCCUGAAGAGGAGAGAAGAGGGACAACCGAUCGACUCUUGAAGUAGGAAAGCGGCUGAAAUAGAUUGGGAUCUAGGCACCCAAAAACACCUACUUCCAACGACUGGCGCGCAUUUGUUCCUCGACCUGUUCCUCUCGUCCGCCCCGAGCGCCGCCAGGCAGAGGCCGUGCUUGUUCUUUGUCACGACGAAAAUCACCGCCUCCCAGACCUCGCCCACGGCGCCGCACGGGCCCCGCUGCAGCACGACCUCGCCCGCGCGGCGCGAGGCGCUCCGCCAGCGCGGGGCGCGCGACCGAGCGAGCCCGCGCCAGCCCUCGGGCCACCGAGCGCGCCAGCAACCGCCCCAGCGAGCGCGCCGGCGGUGGCGCACGAGCGGCGGCGUGCCGAGUCGGCGGGGCUGCGUCCGAGGGCCCUUCGCUGCUGCGCCCUCCUGCCCGCACAGCGUCCGCGGGCUCCGCGGGUACGGGGCCCGGCGCACGAGGGCGGCUGCGCGAGCGUGAGCACGCGCCCGUCGCCGGAGUCUUCAGCGGCGGGACGAUCACAAAGUCCCUGACCUCCAUGGAGCCUGGCAGCGCCACGACGUGCACCAGACGAGCUCGGCGUUUCACGUCAAGGCUCAGGAAGCCCUGGUUCUGCACGCUCAGGAUUUUCGCCAGCAGCCACAAGCCCGCUUUUCUGCUCCAGUACAGCACCCGACCGCCCUCGGCGAAGCUGGCGACAGUGCCGGCACAUGGCUGGGAGGUGGGCAGCUCACUGGGAAUGAGGUGCAGCCUGGAAUCCAGGAGCAGGGGCCCCAACUCGCGAGUGCGCCUGUGCUCGUCCCAGCGCUCCUUGACGCACUGGCAGGAAACGCUGCCACUCGUCAGGUCCCGCCUGCGCCGCUCCGCAGUCUCCCAGCCUCUCUGCAGAGUGCGCCAGGAGGCCUCGUCCCAGGAGAGAUCGAGCUCGUAGGCGAGCCCGUACAGCGUGGAAGUGUCCUCGAAGGGCCAGUGGUGAACUUAACCCUCGCCCAGACCCACCUGCGGUGCACCUUGCUCCAAUAUCUCACAGUAUCGUUGACGGCGUGGUCAGUGCAACCGAAGGCGUCCUUCGCUGGCCCCAUUCCACGAAUAGACCGAUCGCACUCGCUGCAAAUCGCAUGACUGGGGCAAAGGCUCUUGCUGUGCCUGGGCCGCGACCUCUUUGAGCCGAGUGGCUACGGAAGAGGGUGUUGAAGAGGAGAUGGAGAGCAGGACCUCCCCAUGUGAACUUUGAGCUUGUCGUUAAAAUUUCGAC